UUGGUUUUUUCCUUGUCCAAACAAAAAUCCAACAAAACCGUGUGAUCGAAUCAGUGAGUCACACACAUGUAGAAGACCAAUGCCGACUUCUUUAUGCAAAUCGUAGCGACUCACGUGGUAAACGCGUUGCCAUUUAUAUAAACUCCCAAAUUACAUAUAAUCUCAUUAUUUAGGACCCACGUUUGUGACUCCAUUAAUGGCGGUCUCGUGCUCCCUCAUUUCUUCAUGAUCUACACAGAGAUCUGAUUAUACUAUUCUCCAGACUCUCACACUCUCAUCUUCAUUUCUUCUAUAGUAGCUCUUCUCUGGGUUGGGUUGCAGGGGAGAAAAUGAUGGACAUAAUGAAUCUGAAACCUCCACAGAUCACUUUUUAUUGCUCGGCGUUUUCCGUCUUGCUCACAAUUCAUUUUACGAUACAGCUUGUAUCUCAGCAUCUCUUUCACUGGAAGAACCCUAAGGAACAGAAGGCUAUUCUCAUCAUUGUCCUUAUGGCUCCUAUCUACGCUGUUGUUUCCUUUAUUGGUUUGUUAGAACUCAAAGGAAGUGAAACCUUCUUCCUCUUUCUAGAAUCCAUCAAAGAAUGCUACGAAGCUCUCGUCAUCGCCAAAUUCUUGGCACUGAUGUAUAGCUAUCUAAACAUAUCUAUGAGCAAAAACAUUGUGCCUGAUGGAAUCAAAGGAAGAGAGAUUCACCAUUCUUUCCCAAUGACUCUUUUCCAGCCUCAUGUAGUCCGUUUGGAUCACCGCACUCUUAGACUUUUGAAAUACUGGACAUGGCAGUUUGUGGUCAUCCGACCCUUGUGCUCCACUUUGAUGAUAGCUUUGCAACUCAUUGGGUUUUAUCCUUCUUGGUUAAGCUGGUCAUUCACUAUCAUUGUCAAUUUCUCGGUUUCUCUGGCGUUGUAUUCCCUCGUGAUUUUCUACCAUGUGUUUGCUAAGGAGCUUGCUCCUCAUAACCCACUCGCAAAAUUCCUCUGCAUCAAAGGAAUUGUCUUCUUUGUCUUUUGGCAGGGAAUAGCACUAGACAUUCUGGUGGCAAUGGGAAUCAUCAAAUCUCACCAUUUCUGGUUGGAGGUGGAACAAAUCCAGGAAGCAAUUCAGAACGUGUUGGUAUGUCUUGAGAUGGUUGUAUUCGCCGUGGUUCAGAAGCAUGCUUAUCACGCUGGUCCUUACAGCGGCGAGACCAAGAAGAAACUCGAUAAAAAGACUGAAUGAUCGUGGAAAUCAACUGGUUUUUAUCAGCCAUUUUAAAAGCCAAUUCUUGGUGAUCUUUGUAUGUUAUGUUGAUGAUAAAGAAUCGAAGCUUUUUGCUUUACAACUUUUGGUUGUCAAUAUUGGGGAAGAGAAACAAUAAUGUUUGACAUUUAGAUGAUUUGAAAAGUAAUGUCAAAAGCACUAUAGAAGACUU